AUGGCCGACGACGACCGCCGCACAAAGCGGUCUCGUUUCGACCAGACUGAGCCUGAGCCGCGCUCUUCGCGAAUUGACCGUCGUUCUCGAUCCCCGUCCGCAAGACAAUCCGAGUCUGUUCGCACGCGCAGCCCGUUGAGUCGCGAGGCUCGCAGCCCCACUGCCACUGAUCCUGGCCUGGCAGGCCACGUCAAUCCUGCUGCUGCUGCAGCUGCCGCUGCCGCGAAGAUCAAUGCACAGCUCAAGGCCAAACAGGGCCCCAACGAAGCCCCAGUGAUCCGCGCUAGUGGUAGCCCCGAUGCUCAAAACGCUUCCGGCGAUCGCGAUUCUUCGAACAAGGAUAUCUACAUCGCUGGCGGAGACUACAUAAAAGAUAUCGAAAUCAACGAUCUGCGCAACCGCUACACUCUCACCAAGGGCUCUACACAGCAAAUGAUUAAAGAUGAAACUGGCACUGACGUUACAACUCGCGGAAGCUACUAUCCCGACAAGAACAUGGCGACAGCAGCGAACCCUCCCCUUUAUCUUCACCUGACAUGCACCAAAAAGGAGGGUCUCGAGAAGGCCAUACAGCUCAUCGAGGACCUCAUGUCAAAGGAGCUUCCUAACCUGGUUGACGAGCGACGUUUCCGUCGACGUGAGCCCGAGCAGUCUGUGGAUCGCGAUGAACACGGUCGUCGCAAGUGGCCGGAGGAACGUAUCCCAGUCGACCUUGAACCUAUUCAUGGCUUCAAUCUGCGUGCUCAGGUAGUGGGCACAGGCGGUGCCAAUGUGAAGCACAUUCAGGCCAAGACUGGAGCCCGUGUGCAGAUCAAGGGCCGUGGCUCUGGCUUUCUGGAAUCCAGCACUAACCAGGAAAGCGAUGAGCCCAUGUAUUUGCAUAUCGCAGCUAGGAACCCGGAAGAUGUUGCGGCUGCUAAGGAGCUUUGCCUUGAUCUUCUUCAGAACGUUCGUCAGGAUUAUGAGGAACACAAAGCAAACCCUCGACCCCACUACGGUCAUGGCCGCGGCGACAAUCACUACGGCGGCCGUGGCGGUCGUGAUGAUGGUCGCGAAGGCCGCGGUGGCUAUGGCGGCUAUAACAACCGACACAACAACCGUCAUCAAUCUGGUGCAACUGCCAACUCUGCUCCAGCUACAGCAAGCUCUAUCGCAGCCGACUACUACAACCGUUACUACGGCGGUACUGACCCCUAUGCUGCGUAUGGUGGCUACAACAACUAUGUUGCUUAUUACCAGUACUAUGUGCAACAGCAGCAGCAGCAGCAGCAACAGCAGCAGGGGGCUACCCAAUACACACCCCCUCCCCCAGGUAGUGACGGCUCCCCUCCCUCAGGCUCUGGAAACCCUCCACCUCCUGGCGGAGGUGGCUACGGUGCAGUCCCUCCACCUCCUGGCCUGUAG